AUUUAUCAGUGCUCGGUGGAAGAACGUUGAGAGCAAAAGGGGUCUGUAAAAAUGACAUCUGUGGUAGCGAUUACUCUUUCACUACCGCCGGCAAAAUACUCGCCGGAAAAUACAUCGACGUUUACUUCUGCCAAAUUCGGCGCUUCAUCCUCAUUCUCCCACCGCUGUUCCCCUUUCUACCCUCUCUCCUUCCGCCGCCUUGCCAUUCAACACACUGACGCCGUCGUCCGCCGUCGCUCCUCUUCUUCCUUUCGCUGUUUCUCCGCUAUCUCCCCCGAAUUGAAAACUACAAUCGACAAAGUUGUGAGUUCACACAAAGUGAUUCUGUUUAUGAAGGGAACCAGGGAUUUUCCUCAAUGUGGAUUUUCCAAUACUGUUGUACAGAUAUUGAAGUCUCUCAAUGUGCCUUUUGAAACUAUCAACAUUCUUGAAAAUGAGUUUCUGCGUCAAGGGUUGAAGGAGUACUCAAGUUGGCCGACCUUUCCGCAGCUUUAUAUUGAUGGUGAAUUCUUUGGUGGCUGUGACAUCACGAUCGAAGCGCUCAAAAGUGGGGAGUUGCAAGAAACGGUGGAGAAGGCUAUGUGCUCGUGAUGCGAAAUGAACGAUUUGUAAAGCCUUUUUCGAUACAAAUUUAUAAUUUGGUUGACUGAUACACGUUAAUAAUUAUCAUCUGUUACAUUUUUAGUUUUGUAUUAGAAGCAGUAAAUGUUUAUAGUAUUUGCAAGGAUUCUAAUUACAUUUAUGGACAGUACCAAUGGUUUGUUAUAUAGAAGCCGGCCCUUUAUUGGCUAAGAAA